CCUUACGCACAGCCGAAGAAGAAACCGGAAGAAGUUUAGCGGCAGUUCCGGUCGCGAAGGUGUAAAGAUGUCGCCGUCCGUGUUUAAUUUUGUCGACGCUAAAGACAAAUUUACGGCGUCUGCCAUACACGCCCUAGCUGCUAAAAACGGCAAGCAAUUGGUAAAUGCUUUCAACCAGAUCCCGGGGAAUGAGACAGAGAAGAAAACCACUCUUGACCAGGCGCUAAGGGGUGUUCUUGGUGAUCAGAUUGUAGAGCAGAAAGCGAGCUGUGAUGAGUACUUGUCUCUCAUCUACCUGAGCAUUGAUGCAGUUACAGAAGGUAUCUGUUCUGCUACAACUCCUUUCCUUCUGCUGGGGGAUGUACUGGACUGCCUCCCUCUUGACCAAUGUGACAAAAUAUUCUCUUUUGUCGAGGAGAAUGUUUCCACCUGGAAAUCGAACUCUUUUUACACUGCCGGGAAGAACUACUUGUUGAGGAUGUGUAAUGAUCUUUUAAGGAGGCUGUCCAAAUCUCAGAAUACUGUGUUCUGUGGGCGAAUUCAGCUUUUCCUGGCACGUCUCUUCCCUCUGUCUGAAAAAUCAGGUCUCAAUCUUCAGAGCCAGUUUAAUCUGGACAAUAUAACAGUGUUCAACAAAAAUGAACAAGAAAGCACUCUCGGCCAGAAGCACACAGAAGAAAAGGAGGAGGGUAUGGAGGUGGAGGAAGGAGAAAUGGGAGAGGAUGAUGCUCCUGCACCAUGCUCCAUUCCAAUUGACUACAACUUGUACAGAAAGUUCUGGACGCUGCAGGACUACUUCAGAAACCCUGUGCAGUGUUACGAUAAAUUCUCUUGGAUGACAUUUCUUAAGUACUCAGAUGAGACCUUGGCAGUGUUCAAGAGCUACAAGUUGGAUGACAUGCAGGCCUCUAAGAGAAAGCUGGAGGAGCUGAGAGCAACAGGAGGAGAACAUGUCUACUUUGCCAAGUUUCUAACUAGUGAGAAGCUGAUGGACUUGCAGCUCAGUGACAGCAACUUCAGGCGGCACAUUCUACUGCAGUACCUCAUCCUCUUCCAGUACCUGAAGGGUCAGGUCAAGUUCAAAAGCUCUAACUCUGUUCUGAAUGAUGACCAGACUACGUGGAUUGAAGAGACAACGAAACUGGUUUAUCAGCUGCUGAGAGAGAUCCCUCCUGAUGGAGACAAGUUUGCCACCAUGGUUGAGCAUAUCCUCAACACAGAGGACAACUGGAAUAGCUGGAAAAAUGAGGGAUGCCCGAGCUUUGUGAAAGAAAGGACAGUAGAUGACAAACCCAAAAGACCAACCAGGAAAAGACAAGCUCCAGAAGACUUCCUUGGAAAAGGGCCGGACCGCAAGCUUUUCAUGGGAAAUGAUGAGUUGACUCGACUGUGGAACCUGAACCAGGACAACAUGGAGGCAUGCAAGUCAGACAGCAGGGAGUUCAUGCCAUCACUGGACGAGUUCUUUGCGGAGGCCAUUGAACAGGCCGACCCUGCUAACAUGGUUGAGGAUGAGUACAAGGUUGUGCGGAACCCAAACUACGGCUGGCGCGCUCUAAGGCUGCUCUCCAGGAGAAGUCCACACUUCUUUCAACCAACUAACCAGAAGUUCAAGAGUCUGGCAGACUACCUAGACAGCAUGGUUAGCAAACUGGCCAAAGAACUGCCGAAGGAUAUCCCUUCUGAAGAGAUCAAGACGGGAGAAGAGGAUGACGACGACAAUGGAGACAAUCUUCUGAAAGACAGCAAUGACAGUCCGAGCAUACAGAGCAAGAUGGUGACAAACCAGCAGAUGGAUGACAUGGCAGCCAAACUGGGUGCUCAGUGGAAGACACUGGCUUCUCAUUUGGAGAUGAAGGCGGCAGAGCUGCGGGAGAUCGAAACAGACAGUGAAGAUGUGGACAUGCAGGCCAAACUGCUGCUUGUCGCCUGGCAGGACAGAGAGGGAACACAAGCUACUGUGGAUAACCUGGUCACAGCUCUUAAUGCUGCAGGAUUCUCCCAGAUAGCAGACAGCCUCAGUGAGGCUUAAAGUCGAUCAUUCAUUACCCAUCAGUACCUCCAUAACAUCAUUGCAACAUCCUUUUUCGUACCAAAAAAUGGAGACUAAAAUUUUUGUAUGUACUGUAGGCUGGAACAAGUUUUUUCACUGUAGAAAAAUCAAUAAAUGUUUUUUUUUCUAAUAAAACAA